AUGGAGCACAAGCUAAGGGCUGGAACCACUCUCAUUGUCGAUAGAUAUUCUUACUCUGGUGUGGCUUUCUCAGCUGCCAAAGGUCUUGAUCUUGAGUGGAGUAAGGCUCCUGAGAUGGGAUUGUUGGCUCCAGACCUUGUAGUCUACUUAGAUAUUCCUCCUGAGGUUGUUGAUGCAUGUCUAUCCAUGGAGGAUGUAGAGGAACGUCUGAGACAACUAGCUAAAGACUCUGUUAGCUCUUGCCAAAAUGGGAUGCAACUCUCUCAACUAUGGUUAAAGGUUUAG